CCUCUCCCUGUCAGUAAGUGAAAGUGAAAGUUUGAGGGAGUUGUUUUUCAGAGCUGAGACAAACACACCACGACGUCGAGCAGCAGCUCUUCUUUCUCCCUUUAACACAGAAAAACAACUCCACAGAGUCAGGAAGGAGGGAACAGGUUUCAUUUAAAGGAAGAGCAGACUCCCUCCAGUCCUGUCAGCACCAUGGCCGGACACCCAGCUGUGUCUGGAUGCCCUGUCGGCUCUCUCCGGCUGCACCAUGGAGCAGACAGACGGGGCCUCCCAGCUCAGCCCGCAGGACUUUGUUCAACGUUGUGGCCUUAAAGGAGUUCUACAAGCAGGAGGGGUUUAAGGAGCUGGAGUACCCCAGUUUAGGGACUUUAUCCUUGCAGGACCCGGAUGAGGACCUGUACAGCUCCCCCAUGACCGCUGACCGAGGCCGCCUCCACUGCCGGACCACACAGAGCCUCAGGACCAAGGUCAAGAUCAACCCUGAGGACUUCUUCCACCCACAGUUCAACUACGACUUCACCAACAUCAGGGACGGCGACGUGGAGUUCAUGCGGGGUAACGAGCGUACUUCCGACCCUGCGGCUGGAACCGCAUCGCCCUGCGGGUCACUCAGAAGUACGACAACGGGGACGCCUGGCUCGGCACGGGGCAGGACGCCUGGCCCGUCUCGUACCACGGAUACAACAUGGACGGCUCCCUCGCAUCAUCUGGACCGCAGGGGGAACCCUCCGAGGACCCCCAGUUCCUGGAUGCAGCCGCCGCCUCUAGAUAGUCACCGGGCCCUUAAGGGCAGAGGGGUGUACUCCACGCCGGACAUCAACUGGCAGCGAAGGUACUGCAAGAGGUUUCAAUGUCCAAAGUGGACGGGAAGACGUACAAAUUGGUCCUCCAGAACCGCAUCAACCCGGGGGAAGGGGGAGAAGUGGUCAGAGAGACGACAUCUGGUUGGUCUACGUCCCCGAAUGCAACAACGACGUCCAGAGAGAGCCAUCGUGCAGGAGUCGAUCCGGGCCGUACGGGCUGCUGCUGAAGAAGGUGGUGAGCGAACCAACAAACCUCCUUCAGGGCUGUCAGGGGGAUAAAGUCCCCCUGGACUGGACUAGAUUAACAACAUGUAACGUACUAAAUUGGAUUCAGCACUCUGAGCUGUUAAAUUGAAUGAAAGUCUGUAAAAGCUGAGUGUCAGAGUGGGAUGAGGUGUUUCUAAAAGAGUCCAUGUCCACAUAGUGUUUAGUAUUUUCAGCCUCUUUGUCUUAAAUCUUAAAACUUUCUGAAAAGUGCUGAAAAACAACCUGUAACUAUUUUUCACACGAGUUGAUAAUCCCAUUUACGGUGCAGAAGUUCCAGGAACUUUUAGCUCCUGGAACUUCUCUUCCAGGAACUAAAAGGUUCCUGGUCCCCCAUUGUUCUCUGCGUUUUGACCGUGGGCUGAAGUCCCCGGGUAGAUUGUGUAAAUCAGGCCAGUGACGUAUGGAGGGUAAAAAAGUAAAUGUACUACACCACCAGACUAGUAGAGGGCAGUAACACAAAGAGGAAUGCCAUUCAUCACAGAGACACCAUAGAAGCAGACGGACAGGCAGGUAUCAUUCUGAGCAACACAACAGUUAGCCUGUUAGCAUGAAGAGACUCAGCUGGUCUGUUUUAGAUGGUGCUAUAUUUCAUCACAGAUGGAUUCACUGAAUCAACACGUGAGAGGAGAUAAGCGCGAGUAGCAAAGACGUUUCAACACGGCUUUAAAAUCCUUUUGAACUCAAAAAGCCGUGAUCGCAGAGAUCGGCCGGUUGUUUUAGUUUAAACGGCGACCUUGUUAACUGGAGACUCUCAGCCGGAUGCAUCCCUCAUAAAUGUCUUUAGACCAUCAUCAAAUAUCUGAUGAGGAUAUUUUGAAGUCUUAAUAAAAACUAAACUAGUUUGCAUUCCCAGGAACUCCCUCUGUGUUUCAACAGCUGUGUAAACUCCACAAACACUGACACGUUCAGCUGAAGGUCUCCAGUUUACAGGGUCACUUUUAAAACUGGAACACCGGGAGCUGACAGAGACGCAUUCACACUCGGGCUCAGAGAAGACAGAUGUUUCAGGAGUUAUUAAACCAAGUGAAUCACAGGUGUGUGUGAUGUUAUUGUAAACACUGCGGUUAAUCUACCAAUCAGAAAUGUUCAGCAUCGCAGGCCCCGCCCCCAAAGUCCCCCAAAAGUAUUUCUUUUUGAGACAGAAAAAAAACACGAGCUGCCUAUCUCUUUAAAUCCACCUUCACAUUCUCCUGAGUCAUCGUUGGACUUUGAGUUCAGCUGCUUCAUGUUUUUACGACCUCUGUGGGAACAUUAUCAAACUUCAGUGAGGUCCUGAUUUACACCUGAAACAUAGAAAGACGAUGACAUCCCUCGAGUGUGGUUGUGGUUUCUUUUGUGAACACUGAACAAAUCUUGUGGUUGUGGAGAAAGGUGACAGCAUGUUGGGUUUGAAUCUAAGAAAAGAGUGUGGCUUAGAAAGCAAGACAGAGUUAUGCACUUUAGGAGUUCUCUGCUGCCACCUAGUGGUGAAUAAACAGGACAGUGUUUGCCAUGAAUUAAUCCUCUUUCUGUGAUAUCUGAGAGAUUUUUAAGUUUGUUUUUUGUCCUAAUUGCACAUAUCUGCCAAAUAAAUCUGCCUUUACUGUUCUAGCUAACGAACACAUGAGGGUUAAUGUGUUGAAAGAAUCAAACUGAGCUGAAGUGAUGUUGUGAUGUAUGAGGGCACCUGUCUGAUGUUUGUCAGAGCAUCAUUUUUAAGAGUUUAUUCAAGUUUCUGUUUUGUUGUAGUCCAUAUAGCCAAUAGGACUACAAUUCCCAGUAUAGUAUAAUGGAUCUACACUGGAGUUGAAAAAUACAUGUGUACUUCUUGGUUUUCUUGUAUUGAUGGAGGUUUAUGAUAGAUGAUGUGUUUAAUAAAUGUUCUGCUCAGA